AUGUCACCAUCCGCUACCAUCGCUACCCCUGGUCAAUCAAUUCUAAACACAGCCAAGGCCCAAGAUGGCUCAGUAAAGCGUAUUCACAAGAUCCCCGUCUUCGCCACUAAAGAAGAAACUCGAAAAUGGCAGCUAGAACAAAUGGCUGCUGCAUUCCGAGUGUUUGCUAAACUUGGGUAUGCAGAUGGAAGUAGUGGUCAUAUUAGUUUACGAGACCCUGUUGAUCCAGACACAUUCUGGAUAAACCCCUAUGGCGUACACUUUGGUCUUCUCACAGUCUCGGAUAUGGUUCACAUAGACAACAAAGGCAAUCGCAUAGGAGGCGCAGAAAAGCCAGUCAAUACAGCUGGCUUCAUCAUUCAUGAAGCCAUUCACAAACGACGUCCAGACAUAAAUGCAGCCUGUCAUCUCCACAGCCCCUACGGCCGCGCCUGGUCAACAUUUGGCAAACCUAUCGAUAUGAUCAACCAAGACAGUUGCAUGUUCUACAACGACCUCACAGUCUAUACCAACUUUGGUGGUGUUGUUUUCGCCAAAGAGGAGGGAAGUCAACUUGCUGAUGCGCUAGGCGAUACUAAAAAGAAUAUCAUCUUGCAGAACCAUGGACUUCUUACGUCGGGAGGGACUAUUGGUGAGGCAGCAGCUUUCUUUAUUGCCUUGGAAAGGGCGUGUCAGGCUCAGUUGCUUGUGGAAGCCGCUGUAGCUCCUGAUGGAUCGCAGUUGAAGAAGACGCUGGUGAGUGAUGAGGAGGCGCAGUAUACCAAGGAUAAUACUGGAAGUCCUGAGGCCAUGUAUAUGCAGUUUGAGCCUGAGUAUCAGAUGAUGCUGAAGGAGUCCAAGGGUGACUUUCUACUAUGA